AACCGUAGAGAACAACACCUGUUGGUCCCUUCGAGUGAUUUCCAGCGCCUUCACCACAAGGCGGAGCUAUAACCGUGUUUUUACCUUUUACAAAGCAAGGUUGACGUCUGCAGACUACAAGCGCCAUCUGUUUAGCUUCUCGAUCCUGUCUUAAUCAAAACGUCGAACGAUAGUGAAAUAUGGUGACGAAGAGAAUUAGGUCUGAAUACAUGAAGAAAUUUAAAGAUCCGAGAUGGGACACCUACGCGAAAUGUUAUGAGGAUUUGCUGAACUACAGACUGUCAAGGCGUCUGUUGGAGCAAGCGCACAACCCUUGGUUUUGGGGAGAAUGGGGAAGCGAGACAGGCUCCAGUGGCAAAUCUACUCCUCUAAGUCGGAAUAAAGUCGAACCUCUGAGGAUCCAUGAUGAGAAACCAGAAAGAUCUGCAUGUGUGACACCAGAACCACACGCAGAAGUUCAGGACACUGCAGACAGCAAGCUAGUUACCAUAAUUGGUGAUCAGCAUCAUCAAGAAGGGCAGGAAGAGAAUGCCAGAGAACGCAUUCCUGCUCUCAACCCAGAAACUGACACGAAUAUCCUGAAUACACCAAAGAGCAAACGCCGCUCUUCACACAAGCAUACAAGAUCAAAGGUCAAGCCUCAUGUCACCAAAGACCCUGACAAAGAGAACCGUCACCCUUUUGCCCUGUAUGGCUCAGGAGAGAGGCGGACAGAUAUGGCUUCUAAGAAAACCCAUAAUGUUGGACCUGCAACAUCAACCGCAGAGAUCCAUGAGUCAGCGUUGCGAGCAAAAACCAGACGGGAGGUGGAAAAACAGAUGAAGAAAUCUGACCAACAAAGAGCCAGAUCUGCUGACUUCGAAAAGAACGCAAAAAAGAUUGUUCCUGAUUUCAACCCCUGGAUCACAGAGUACAUGCGCUGCUUUUCUGCUCGGUCUCGGUAGUAUUGCUUUCAGAGAUCCUUUAAAAAUGUCUGUGACUGUAUAAACCUCUCAGGCGAAACAACCCAAAACACUCCACGUAAUAAUGACUGGAGCAUCUGUCCAGUUCACUUGCCUUCUUCCAGAUGGGUUACAAUAAAUUAAACUCAAGGUUUUUUAGGGGUUUAUUUACACCAUGGAUAUGUUGCAUUUACUGGUACAUAUGUAUCAAAUAUGAAAACACAAUCCAUUGAUGCUGCAGGGCAAACUGUCAAACAAUCACAUGCCUUGUUGAUUUUGUAGGUUGCGUAGAUUUACAGGCCAUGACAUUUACCAGUGUCUCUUUACACUUAGCAAAAUAAUUACUUAAAAGUGUUCAGUUAUUGUCAGACAGUUAGAGACAUAUAAUGUGAUGUGUUGUAAUGUUGUGUAUUUUCUCCAUUGUUUAUAUUAAUUAACAUUUAGGGUUAAUGUAAUGUAAAGAAAUCUGUUUUGUAUUUUUCAGAAAUCACUUAUUUAAAUAGUCAUUCCAUUAUAUUAAUAUCCGUUUUCCUUGAUAUGAGCCAAAUUAGAUUUUACUUGUACAUUCACUCGGUGCGUUCCAUGUGUAUUAUGUUGUAAAUAAAGUGUAAAAAGUCACUGGUAUCUCAAGCAUGAAACACAGCAAAAUGACAAAUCGUUUUUGAAUGAGAUCGUACAUAUUAAAGCCAUUCCAGCUGUUCUUCAUCAAGAAUAACUUUCAUUCAUUGUCAUAUUAUUUGGUUUUUAGUAGCACUCAGGUAUUUCAUGUUGUAUUUAUUUUUUGAGGAAUAAUGAGAGUGGGAUAUUUGUACACUUUAUAUAAGGAUAAUUUAACUGAUUCUAAAUUCAGUGGUUAUAAUAUUUAGUUCAUCAUCUUUAAUGGAAGAAUGCAUGUAUUGUAUGAACAAAUGUACAGGUAUUCCCCCCAUAUCAUGUUUUAUAGUCAAUUCUAGCAUGUAUUACGUGAAUAGUGUUGUUUUAGUGGAAAAGUAUUGAAGCCAUAAAGUUAAUGAAGUACAUUAUGAUGAUGAAUAUGCAUUCCACUGUCUGAUUGGACGGCAUUAGGUUUAUGUGUUUAGAUUUCAGCUUGUAAAACUGAGAUGUGUUUAAAUGUGUAACAUUUACAGUGCUAUUUCACCACAUGAAUAGGUCACUAAUAGUGAUGAGAUUGUUUUGUUUUCAGUCUUAAUUUUGAACAGGUUGCUGUUUAGAGAGAGUUAUUGGUAUGUAAAAGUACAAAAUAAAGUAUAAAACUUUACAUAA